UGCUCCUCUCAUUCGCCAGCGGACAUUGACAGUGCGAGAUCUAACACGCGGUACAAUACAUUGUUUAUCUAAAUUGUGCCCAACGGGAUGUCAUGUUGCUCUUUCUCGCUGUCUCGCUAUCGUACGCUCUACCGACGAAAUACAUCUGUGCCUCGUCGAUGUCAUUGUACCUACAGUACGAUACAACAAAUAGAAUGUACAUUCAUAUGACUCAAUCCACUCUCCUCCGCUUAGCGUCGUGUUCCCCGUCUACCGACCGUGAGCGACGUCUCCGAUCCUGUCUGGGCUCGUCCCUCUCUCGCCAUCCCUCUCUCCGCACAGGAGACCGUGAUCUCGAGUAUGGCUGCCGUCUGCGGUCCCUGUCCCUGUCUCGGCCGUCAUACCGAUCCCUAUCCCUGUCGUCCCGCCGGUCAUACCGAUCUCGCCCACCAUACAUGUCCCUGUCUCGCUCAUGCCCUCCUUGCUGCUCUCUGCUCUUCUCGCGACUUCUCCGCCUAUCCCGUCCAUCUCCAUCGGCAUUCCGAUCACGUUCCCUCCAUGAGCCCUUCUCCUUCUCCCCGUCCCGAUCGCCUCUCGCGCCCCACUGCCGUCCGGCCGUACCACCACCCAUGCUCGCGUUAGCACCGGUACCAAUCUUGUUCGGCGGUAGAUUAUUGUUCUGCGGACAGUCCUUCUUGAGGUGUGGCCCGCCGCAGAGGAAGCAGCCGGCGCCCGACCCGGGACCGACGGGCUGGCCGGCCGUCCCACAGAAUGACGUCAGGCCUGGACGCGUCCACCUGUGACGCUGGCGAUUCCUAAUGGAGUCGGUCGAGUCACAAGAAACAAGCGCAGGAGAGAGACAGGGUAAAAGACUGCUCUUUGGGGUU